AUGUCUUCAAAAUGGAGAAUUUUUCGUCGUCCUAUCAUAGCCAGUGAAAAAACUGUCAAUGCUAUAAUUAAAGCUGCAGUUGUGUUGCACAACUAUAUUAAAAAAUCUGAGAAAAUGGAAGGCAUAAAUUCCUAUUGUCCUGCUACCUUACCUGAUCACUACAACAAUGGUUUACUUAUUCCUGGUCAGUGGAGAAGAAACUUAAGUUCGAAUGCUUUACAGCUUAUUACACAAACUGGUUCCAAUACACACAGUAGAAACGCAAAAGAAGUCCGUGAAAAACUCAUGAAUUAUUACACUGGUAUAGGAGCUAUACCGUCCGUUUCAAUAUGA